CCACCGCUUGGGGAGGAGAGGCCCGGUGGGAGGGGAGGAAGCACCGUCCCGCCCCGUCCUCCUGCUCUGCCGCGGCGCCCCUCCCGAAGAGCUCCCGGCCUGGGCGCCCCUCCCGGCUGGGAGCUCCGCUGCUUCCUUGCUCUGGGGGAGUGAACUGGGACCGGGAGUGGCCUCGCUGCGGAGCCUCCGGCCGCCCUAACCGGGACCCAACACCGGCUGCCGGGACUAUGGCAACGGGGCCAGGUCCCGCGCUCUCCCGAAAGGGCUGCGGCGGGACCGGGGCCAGUGGGGGACGCGGAGCCGGGCGGGGCGUGGGCGGAUUGAAAGGGCGCGCCCGGAUUGGGCAGAGUGGGAACGGGCGGGCGGGGAUUGGCGGGGCCGGGCGCUGUCGCGGACCGGGAUUGGCCGGCCGGAAACCGGGCUGGAAUGCGCCUGCGCGGGCAGGCGGUGCUGCCGGUGCGGAGCGACCGUGCGGUGCUGCCGUUCCCGGGGCCCAGAGUGUUUCAAAAAGAUGGACCCAUUUUGAAAGCACUUAUCUCUGGAACAGCAAACUGCCCACGAGAGAAUCUCUUCCCACUUGGAAGGGUAGGGGACAGAAUCUCACAUGUUUACCCAGCGCACAAACAGCCUCAGUGAUUCGCAAGAUGGUGACCCCGCAACAGAAGGCGUUUUGCGUUCUGCAAUACAGCAAGACCGAAUCCGUAAUUGCGGUGCGGCGUGCAUUUCAACGGCACUUUGGCGUCGAUCCGCCGAUGCCAAAGAGCAUUCGUCGUUGGUACCGACAAUUUGAGGAAACGGGUUGUUUAUGUAAGGGGAAGAGCACGGGGCGACCACGCACAUCGGAGGAGAACGUGAGAAGAAUUGAAGAGAGUUUUCUGCGCAGCCCACACAAAUCCACUCGUCUUGCCAGCCAGGAACUUGCGAUCCCUCACACGACGGUCUGGCGGGUGUUAAGGCAACGUUUAAUAAUGAGGCCUGUGUGUGUGCCUCCCCCCUCCCCGGGGCCUGGGGACACGCUGGGCUCUGUGUCCCCCCCGCAGGAAGGUGGUGGUGAGGAGGGGUGCAGAUCCUGCAGCGACGGAGGCAAUGGGUUGGACCAGGCAGGUGGUCCCGGCCCUGAUGCCAGUCUCGGUGGGUCCCCAGCGCACUCCCGCAGUGGUGCUGGUGGCCAGGGCCACGCCACAGGCACCAUCCAGGACACUUUGAGUGACCCUGGGGCAGGGGAGCUCUGCCCAGACACUCGGGGAAGUGGGGGUCCCAGGGAGUCCGUGGCUUUGGGGCCAGGGGUCCCAUGCGUCUGGGGGGUCCCAUGUGUCUGGGCAUCCCGUGUGGCUGGGGGUGUUGGAGCGUUGGGAGAAAAAGGCACUUCAAGAGGUGUUUGGGAGUAAUUCAGCUGUCAUCUGGACGUUGUCCAUGCAGCAGGUGGAAAGAACACAAAGCAUUUAUACAAAGCUUACUAAAACUUGGUAAAUCAUUAAACUGUUGGUAAAUUUUUGUGUAAUUGUGACACGUUGCCAUUGUGAAAUAUACUGCUUUGAAAUUGGG